AUGAAUAUCAUUAAAUUAAUUCGAGGCGUACGAGUCAUAUCGGUAAAAGCUAAAGUAUGUAUGCGUAAUCCCAGAACGGCCUUCGAAACCAAUGCCAGUACGAGUAAUUUGGCAACAUUGAAUCAAAAUAAAUUUGCGCUGUUGGGAUAUUCAGUAUUAAACUCUACUAGAUGUACCAACUGUACCUACGAAUUUGGCAAUGCUACAAAACCUAUGGUACCCAAUAAUGUCAGCACUGAUGUAUUUUCCGUUUUCAAAAAAGCUAUAUCGGCAAUGUAUGGAGUACACGCGGAUAAUUUUAGUAAGCCUAAUUUUGAAGAUAACAGUUCAUUACCGUGUUCUUAUCUAAAUUUGCCUAUGCAUUAUCCGGUAUAUUGUACUAUGCACACAAACAAAAAAGCGUCUUCGACACUUUCUGAUACAAUAACAGAUGGCGAUAUAGGCUGGCUUUUGUUAAAUAAUUUCGUUACAAAAGUGGACGCUUCGAGUCUUAUCGGAUCAACGGUGACGGAGUACUCAUACGAAUCUCCUAUGGGUUUAUUAAGUUGUCCUUGGGAAGGAGUAUUCAACGGAAAAGUCGAUAAUGAUUUAACGGCUAAAUUAGACUGUCGUCUUAUAAGUAUGCAGGGGUUAUCGACUUUAAAUACAGUCAAUAUGAAUUUCUACGAAGGCACCAAUACGCAUAAUGUUACAGCGAAUACUUAUAAACAGUUGAGACCGUCUUUUUGGAAUUCAUUGUACAGUGGCGACGAUAGAUAUUUUAAUCCUACAGAUUGCUCCCAAUUUAUUACAAGAGGUCCGAAUACUCCCGAACACAGUUAUAAAGUUCAACUUAGUCUCCACGUGGGAGUGGCAGCAGUACCUCAAUUAACUACGACAUCAGCCGAUCUUACUCCUACCAAUUUUACAGACGUCGAAUGUACAUGGGAUAUUCAAACAGAAAUGGUUUGCACGUAUGAUAUACCAUAUCAGUUUACGCAUUUUAAAAAUCCGCAUAUACACAACGAAGAAGCAUUCUAUGUACAUCCCCACGCUACAAUCAGUAAUGUUCAAGAAUUUACCAACUCCAAUUACAAUAAUAUGUACACGUCAAUAAACGAAAGUACUCCGCCCGCAUAG